AUGAGAAGAAUUCUCGCUUGUGAUGAAACCUGUGCAUUAUUUAAGGCUGCCGUAACAAGUUCUGGUCUUGGCACUGGAGAUGAUUUAUCAGUUGUAGUAAUUGCCGACUUUACAAAAGCAAGUCAGAGCAAAUGGGAUGCGGAAAUCAGAGUGGUGGUGAAGUUAGCUGAGUCCUUGAAAAAAGCAAGAAUCGGAGUUGUGGGACUUGGUUGCCCUUCAGCGACCCUUCUUCCCAUGGGAAUUCACAGCGAAAGUGAAAUACGAAGUAAAGUAACUGCACCAACAAAUCCGGCGACAGAGCAUGGAUUAGCUCAAGCUUUCGAUAUAGCCAGAACGCUUCUAGCAGUGAGUUUCUAA